AUGCGACACAUCCUUCUACACCCCCAAUUGCGCGCUGCGAUUUCAAAGCCUGCGCACAGAAGCCUCCGCAAUCAGUUAUGGGCUCGCUUCAAAUCCCAAGCUCCCCGUCCAUCUCAGCGCCAUGAACCCGGAACGCCUCAACUCAAAGAUUUGGCCGCUUCUGCGCGGCCAGCACCUCCAAGCACACCAGCCAAGACAACCGUUAGGAAGGGACCUCCGGAGCGCAUAAUGGUAUACUAUGGAGGCACCGGUCGAGCUGUCUUUUUGGGUAUGCUGCGACUUACCACCAUCUUCCUCUUUGGCGGUGCAUGCGUGAUCGCAGCACCGGCUUGUUACGCUGACGAGAAAAGAAUUGUUCUCGGCGGUGCCGUCCCAAUGGUCGUGGUCGCCUACAUAGCAGCACCCUAUGUAAACUUUAUUCACCUAGCUCUGCCAGCAUUUGCCAGGAAGUCUCGCGAGAAUGCAAUCCACUAUGCCAAGGAUCUGCCACCGACUGCCACAUUAUAUCUCACCACUAUGCGCUUUAACACUAUUCCGCGACAAACGGCAGUCCGCCUGGGCGACCUCAUUGCGGAAAAAGAUUUCACACGACCCGUCACAUUUCGGAAUUUGAGACCUACUCCGCGACCAUGGUGGGCAGGCAAGACACCUACUCAGUACCUGACUGAUAGUAAGAGUCGGCCCGGAAAACAGUCGACUGCCUUCUACCCUGAAUUGUGGCCUGCUAUCUUUAAAAAAAUUCAGGGUAACAUUCCCGGCAAGCGGUUCAGCUAA